UCAGUGCAGAAAAACAAGUUGCCCAUUGUUUUUGGCAUGUUUUUUUUUUGUUUGUUAAGACAGCCUCUCUGACUUAAUGUGAAACAAAAAGAGGAACUGUUAGUUUAGUCAAGACCAUCACAGCUAUCUGACCAGAGCUGACCAGAGUGCAAUUCAACACCAGACUUGACAGCUGAUUUUUGAGAAAAUUGACAAUGGAAAACAACUUUGCAAUGAGUGACCAUGGAUGGAGUGAUGCUGCAUAUCUUUGUGGGACUGACUUUUCAAAUAUCAAGGGUCCCCUUUUCAUCUUGAUCUUCAUCCUCAGUGUCAUAGGCAAUGGUCUCCUCUUAUGUGUUCUUUUCAUCUAUGAGAAACUGAAAAGUAUCACAAAUAUUUUCAUCCUGAACCUGGUCUGCUCUGAUUUGAUCUUCACCAUCACACUUCCAUUUUGGGCCGUUGAUCAUUUACACCACUGGGUCUUUGGGGACUUUGCCUGCAAAUUCCUGACUGCUGCAUACUUUGUUGGGCUGUACAGCAGUGUCAUUCUGCUGACUGCCAUGACAGUGGAUCGUUUCAUUACCGUGGUGCUGCACAAACGGCUGAGCAAUUAUGCUAUAAGGCAGAGAUGUGGAGUUGGUGCCUGUAUAGCUGCCUGGGUCAUCAGCAUCUCAGCAUCCCUGCGUGAUGCAAUGACAGUAAAAGUGGGAGACUGGGACAAUGUUACCUAUUGCGAGGAUGAAUCUGAUGACAAGCUUGGACAUUAUCUCCAAGUGUCACUGCUAUUCUUCCUCCCAUUUGCCAUCAUUAUUUUCUGCUAUUCUGCCAUCCUCAAGACAGUUUUACAAGCUUUAAACAGAAAGAAGCACAGGGCUGUAGCUGUGCUGUUGUGUAUUGUUGCAGCCUUCUUCAUUUGCUGGGGGCCAUACCAUAUUAUGCUUUUAAUUACAUCUCUUUAUAAACCGAUAGGUUGUAAGGCACAGGAAUGGUUAGAAUUUGCCUACCAUAUUUGUGAAAUGCUUGCCUAUUCUCACUGCUGUAUGAACCCUCUGCUAUAUAUGCUCUCACAGAAGACGCGAAAGCAUCUGUUGAAUCUUUUGCGCUGUGAAAAACUGUGCAGGAAGAACAGGGAGAGAGACACAGCUCUCAGUUCUGUUAGUCAGAAAGCAGUUUUCAUAGCUGCGAGUUCUGCUAUAAACUUGGAACUGCACAACGAUCGGUUAAACAGCCACUUGUGAAGUUAAACAUCGAUUCAAUCUGUAAAUAUUCGUAUUUAAUUUGACAUCUUUUAUAUGUUCUCCUGAAAUCAAAUACAAAUUACAUGCAUUUUUUAAUUUUAAUGUGCCAAGUAAAAGUAAAAUGUAUGUGUGUAAGAAUCUGUACUUUUCUACUGCACUUUUACUAGCAAUGCUGUUUUUGUAAAAAAUAAAAUGUUGCUGAAAUCCAGUGAAGCUGUUUUCACUUCUCUAUUCUCUCUACACAUGUCAUGAUAGGCUAGAUGGAAAAAAUGCAAUGAAAGCAAAUUUCUGUGGUCAUAUUAGUAUGAAGUGUAAGUGUAUUAACAUAAUCACUGAGGGAAACACAGAGUGCAUACACAAGUACUUUCAUCACAAGACCUAAACAAGUAAAUCAUGGCCUUGGACAGUGACAGUUAUGAUUACAUACACUUUAAUGAGACUCUAAGCAGCGAGACCGAGUAUGACAUUAAGAUAUCAGAACUUCACUAUCCUGCUGCUGUCGCCACUCUCGUCUUCUGCAUCAGUCUGCCUGCAAACAGCUUCCUGCUGUGGGUCCUCCGGACGGAACGAGCUUGGAAGAUCACAUCGGAUAUUUUACUUCUGCAACUCACAGUUUCUAACCUCUGCUUCACUGUGACAUUGCCUUUUGCAGCCUGUAAUGCACUCCAUGGGUGGGUCUUUGGAGAGUGGACCUGUGGAGUAGCUGCAGGGAUUUAUUAUCUGGGACUGUUCACCGCCGUGGUGAUCCUCACUGCCAUGUCUUUGCAUUGUUAUGUUACUGUGGUUCAGCCUUGGUGCUUGUCUGCACAGGCCUUAAGAAAAUAUGGAGUUCUCAUAGGUAGCAUUGUGAUGUGGCUGGUGUGUGCUGCUGCAAGCAUUAAACUGGCUGUGAGUGGUAGAGUCAUCGAAUUCGCUGACCUGAAAGUGUGUGUAAAUUUGGUGGAGUCACUAACCAUGAAACUCAUCGACCUCUACACACAGAUUUUUCUUUUCUUUCUCAUUCCUGUCCUUAUCACUUCAUUCUGUUAUGUUCACAUGUGGAUAAUGGCAAAGCAGGGCAGGAUAAACAGCCAACAACUGCCUUCAAAAUUGAUUUUAGGCGUAACUGUCAGUACUUUUCUAUGCUUGGCUCCUUACAGCAUCCACAUGUUUAUACAGUCCUUGCUACUAUUGGAUUUUUAUGAGUACACACAUGAACUGAUAUAUGCAUUGCACUAUGCUUGGUUGAUCAUUCAUCCCAUCACUCACAUCUACUGCUGCUUUAUCCCUUUGGUGCAUUUAAUAGGAGUACAAAGGUUUAGGAGGUAUCUUCCCAUGCCGUGCAGUACAUUAUAUCUGUGCAGAGAUGAGACUAAAACUGACAGUCCAAUGGCAUUCAUCCUUCUCCAAAAUGCAGAAGAAAUUUGAAUUUACUGUACAAUGCAUGCAUUAGGAUGAGAUGGGUAGAUGCUUGAGAAGUUAUUAGAUAAAUUAGCUGAACUUAAUAUAGUA